AUGGUCGGAUCGACUUACUCCUCGGAGUCAGGGACAAGACCCGCGACUCCACUCAACCUGCGGUCUCAGAUGGAUGCGGGGUACCAUAGCGGGGGAAUGACCAUCGUAGAGAAGCAUGUCAUGCGGGAGCUAUCGAAUGCUCAGAACAGUCAGCUGGAAGCUGCUGCGAGCCAGCUCGAGUCUCCUGAAUGCUCUUCUGUGUCAGCUCAAGUGCUCUCAAGGCCGGCCGCCGGCAGCAGUCUCACGAGCUUCCCAAUCAGCGAGCUGUACCACGUGGAGCACUACCUCAAGGCGGUGCAGCGACAGUCCGUCGCAGCCCGUCGCAGCCUGCUGGGCCGGCGACAACAUGCGACUCCUGGCGCGCACGACGGCUCCGACCGAGCAAUUUUCGAAGACAUGCUGAGCUUUCAAAGGGACCCUAUCCCGACCUCGCUUACGCGGCUCCCCACAGACCUGCAGACGAAAGCCGUGCGAAUGUUCCAAGAUAUUCUGCACUACAUGGGGCUCAACGGCGCGCCGAUCACAGACGAACGCGAGCUGGCGCAGACGCUGGUUCGAAUCCUCAAAAUGGUUCUUCGGAAGCCGGAGAUGCGGGAGGAGCUGUACGCGCAGCUGCAUAAGCAGACGCGGAAUAACCACGACAGGGAGGCGUGUUUAAGAGCGUGGGAGGUGAUGCAUCUGUGCGCGUCGGUGGCGCCGCCGGGGGCGUAUCUCGGGACGCCUAUUACCGAGUACGUGCAUGAGAUCGCGAACGACGCGGGGGUCGACGAGGAGGUGAAGUCGCAGGCGCUUGCCACGUGGCACGCGCUGAAGAAGGCGAUGAAGAUCGGCGCGAGGAAGACGAUCCCGACCGUUGAUGAGCUGCUGGCGCUGAUGACGGGCCGAGCUCUCAAGACGAUGGUCUUCUUUCUGGAUGAUACGUUCGAGGAGGUCGGGUACGACGCGUCCACAACAGCUGCAGAAAUUCUGGAGAGUGUGGCAACCAGCAUUCGCCUGGAGGAGUUCCAGACCUUUGGGUUGUACGAGCACAGAAAAUAUAUCACGCUCGCUAACAACAACUCGGAGAACGUAUCCAAUGAUUACAUGGGGAUUGAUGAGAAGGCCUACAUGGGGGACGUGAUGGCGGAGCUCAUGAGUUUCAGAGAGAAGAGCGAGCGGCAAGUGCAGCUGCGCCUUCUCUUUCGCAAGAAGUUCUUUCGGGAGAACGAGGAGGCGAUCACGGACCAAGUGUUCGUCCAGCUGUCGUAUCUGCAGGCGAAGCAGGACUACGAGGAGGGCAAUUACCCCGUGCCCCGGGAUGACGUGGCGCAGAUGGCGGCGCUGCAGUUGAUCGUGGACUUUGGCUUGCUGCCCGAGCCUGAGGUCACGCUAGACUGGCAAGCGCAGGUGGAGCGGACUAUCCCAGUGCAGUUCCAGCCCAUGAGGCAGAAGCGCGAGUGGGACAUGGACGUCCUCACUCGCUACAAGGCGCUGUCACACCUGACGCCUGAAGAAGCGAGGCAGCAGACCUUGAGGAUAAUCCGAGCCCUCCCUUACGGUGGUUCCGCAUUCUACCAUGUGAGGCGCAUUGAAGACCCCAUUGGGCUGCUGCCGGGGCGAGUGCUGAUUGGCAUCAACAAGCGCGGGGUGCACUUCUUCAGGCCGGUCCCGAAGGAGUAUCUGCACUCAGCAGAGUUGCGGGACAUCAUGCAGUUUGGCAGCAGCCCCGCAGCAGUGUUCUUCAAGAUGCGCGUGGUGGGCUCGCUGCACGUCUUCCAGUUCGAGACCUCCCAGGGCGACGAGAUCUGCUCUGACCUUACAGGGCGAGGAGAUCUGCCUCGCACUGGCUGGCCUUGGCCCUUGCGCCGGUACCAAAGGAGUACCUGCAUUCAGCAGAGCUGCGCGACAUCAUGCAGUUUGGCAGCAGCCCUGCCCUCCCAACACCCUCACACUUCCUGCCUCCACACGCAUUCCCUCCACACACAGGUGCACUUCUUCAGGCCGGUCCCGAAGGAGUAUCUGCACUCAGCAGAGUUGCGGGACAUCAUGCAGUUUGGCAGCAGCCCCGCAGCAGUGUUCUUCAAGAUGCGCGUGGUGGGCUCGCUGCACGUCUUCCAGUUCGAGACCUCCCAGGGCGACGAGAUCUGCUCUGACCUUACAGGGCGAGGAGAUCUGCCUCGCACUGGCUGGCCUUGGCCCUUGCGCCGGUACCAAAGGAGUACCUGCAUUCAGCAGAGCUGCGCGACAUCAUGCAGUUUGGCAGCAGCCCUGCCCUCCCAACACCCUCACACUUCCUGCCUCCACACGCAUUCCCUCCACACACAGGUGCACUUCUUCAGGCCUGUCCCAAAGGAGUACCUGCACUCAGCAGAGCUGCGCGACAUCAUGCAGUUUGGCAGCAGCCCCGCCGCGGUGUUCUUCAAGAUGCGCGUGGUGGGCUCACUGCAUGUCUUCCAGUUCGAGACCUCCCAGGGGGAGGAGAUCUGCUCUGACCUUACAGGGCGAGGAGAUCUGCCUCGCACUGGCUGGCCUUGGCCCUUGCGCCGGUACCAAAGGAGUACCUGCAUUCAGCAGAGCUGCGCGACAUCAUGCAGUUUGGCAGCAGCCCUGCCCUCCCAACACCCUCACACUUCCUGCCUCCACACGCAUUCCCUCCACACACAGGUGCACUUCUUCAGGCCUGUCCCAAAGGAGUACCUGCACUCAGCAGAGCUGCGCGACAUCAUGCAGUUUGGCAGCAGCCCCGCCGCGGUGUUCUUCAAGAUGCGCGUGGUGGGCUCACUGCAUGUCUUCCAGUUCGAGACCUCCCAGGGGGAGGAGAUCUGCUCUGACCUUACAGGGCGAGGAGAUCUGCCUCGCACUGGCUGGCCUUGGCCCUUGCGCCGGUACCAAAGGAGUACCUGCAUUCAGCAGAGCUGCGCGACAUCAUGCAGUUUGGCAGCAGCCCUGCCCUCCCAACACCCUCACACUUCCUGCCUCCACACGCAUUCCCUCCACACACAGGUGCACUUCUUCAGGCCUGUCCCAAAGGAGUACCUGCACUCAGCAGAGCUGCGCGACAUCAUGCAGUUUGGCAGCAGCCCCGCCGCGGUGUUCUUCAAGAUGCGCGUGGUGGGCUCACUGCAUGUCUUCCAGUUCGAGACCUCCCAGGGGGAGGAGAUCUGCUCUGACCUUACAGGGCGAGGAGAUCUGCCUCGCACUGGCUGGCCUUGGCCCUUGCGCCGGUACCAAAGGAGUACCUGCAUUCAGCAGAGCUGCGCGACAUCAUGCAGUUUGGCAGCAGCCCUGCCCUCCCAACACCCUCACACUUCCUGCCUCCACACGCAUUCCCUCCACACACAGGUGCACUUCUUCAGGCCUGUCCCAAAGGAGUACCUGCACUCAGCAGAGCUGCGCGACAUCAUGCAGUUUGGCAGCAGCCCCGCCGCGGUGUUCUUCAAGAUGCGCGUGGUGGGCUCACUGCAUGUCUUCCAGUUCGAGACCUCCCAGGGGGAGGAGAUCUGCCUCGCCAUCCAGACGCACAUCAACGACGCCUUGACCCGCCGCUUCGCCAGGCAACGAGCGCGGGGGCACAACGCGCCGAUGCUUGGGUUGGGGCCUGCUGGGGGUGGGGCGGCUGGGGAAGGGAUUUCAGCGGGUGGAGGAGGAGGAGGGGUGUUGGGGGAGGGGCAGGGACAGGGGCCGCACCCGAUAACGGAGUAUGAGCACCGGACCAAGGAGUUGUCGGAGAGCUUGACAAGGGCCUUCAUGCACAUUGAACAGUUGAACCAAGAAGUGGCAGCACGUGCGGCAGCAGAGGUGAAGUUGCAGAGCGAGCUGCAGGCAGUGAAGGAGGCGCUGAGGCAGGGGGAGGUGGCGAACGAGGAGGUGGUGGAGGAGCGGGAUCGGCUGGCCGAGAUGCUACAGACGGCGAAUCAUCCGGGCAGGGAAGCAGCGCUGUCAUCUGGGUCCUUCACGCCUGGAAGUGUGAGGCGGAGAGAAGGGCUUGGCAGCACGGGCAGCAACAUGAGUCUGCUGAAUGACGCCAGAACACGAGCUCUCGAGUCCCAGUUGAAGGAGGUGCAGGAGGAGUUGAAGGCGGUGGGCAGGCGGGCAGAGGAGCAGGCACAAGCGGCUGCGAGGGACAGGCAGGCGUUGGAGCAGCAGCUGUCAAACCUUGAGCUUACGAAGGACAAUGAGAUCAAGACACUGGAGCUGCGGUCGUCAGCAGAGAGGGAUGAGCUGGCAGCCAGGCUGGCGAUUGCCGAUCAGCGAUUGGAGGAGAGCCGGGCGGCGGAGGCCCAGCUGAGGGAGGAGGUGAAGGAGAAGGAAGCGCAGUCGGAGCACCUGGAGGAGUUUUUCAAAGAGCUGGAUGAGCUGCGGGAGAUGAAGGAGGAGAUGGAGAGAAAUCGGGUGGAGCAUCUGGAGGUGAUACAGCGGCAGGGCAAGCAGAUAGCGGAGCUGGAGAAGGCGUACAAGGAGGAGAUCGUGCUGCGCAAGAGAUACUACAACAUGAUGGAGGACAUGAAGGGGAAGAUCCGGGUGUAUGCGCGGUGGCGGCCGCUGAGUGGCAGGGAGCGGGGCGAGGGGCAGCGCAUGGUGCUGGAGAUGCCCGACGAGUUCACCCUGCAGCACCCUUGGAAGGACGGCGGGCAGCCCAAGGUGUACCAGUUUGACCGCGUGUUUGACCACACGGCCAGUCAAGAGGCAAUCUUCGAAGACACACGGUACCUCAUCCAGUCGGCCAUUGACGGCUACAACGUGUGCAUAUUCGCGUACGGGCAGACGGGCAGCGGAAAGACAUUCACCAUCAACGGAGGGGACCACAACCCCGGGCUCACGCCGCGCGCCAUGCAGGAGCUGUUCAACUGCCUCCGGAAGGAGGCUGGGCGCAUGAGCUACAAGCUGCAGGUGUACAUGCUGGAGCUGUACCAAGACACCCUCCAGGAUCUCCUGCUGCCGAAGACUGCCACCAAGAGGAAGCUGGAGAUCAAGAAGGACGCCAAGGGCAUGGUGGUGGUUGAGAACGCCACUCUCAUCGAGGUGCAGUACCUGUCGCAGCUGGAGGCGGUGGUGCAGGGGGGCAUGGAGAGGCGGGCAGUGGCUGGCACGCAGAUGAACGCCGAGAGCUCUCGGUCGCACCUGGUGCUGUCGAUCGUGAUCGAGACGACUGAUCUGCAGACGCAGAACGUGUGCCGCGGAAAGCUGUCCUUUGUGGACCUGGCUGGAUCAGAGAGGGUGAAGAAGUCAAAAUCAGAGGGGGAGCAGCUGAGGGAAGCCCAGUCCAUCAACAAGUCGCUCUCUGCUCUCGGGGACGUGAUCAGCGCGCUGGCGCAGGGCGGCGGGCACAUCCCGUACCGCAACCACAAGCUCACGAUGCUCAUGAGCGACUCGCUGGGCGGCAACGCCAAGACGCUCAUGUUUGUGAACAUUUCGCCGGCGGACGGGAACUUGGACGAGACGCACAACUCCCUCACGUAA